GUUAGUCGGACAAUUGGGAACUUACAAGUAUGGUGGACCGUGAGAAAACCUGUCAAAGGACAUAAUGGCUCUCUUUGUGACCUUAAAAUCGGCAGGGGGUUUCCGAGGGAGAGGGGGAAAGGUCGGCAGGAUCACAUUUCGUGGAGUGACACAGUCAACGCAAGUUAUAGAAAAUGCUGGAUUUGAAGCAAUUUGGGAUGAGGUUUUUGAAUGGGGAAUUGGCUCACCAAUCACAGCCAAUGAAACAAUUGAAGUUUCUAUUUUCAUCUUCAACAAAUUCCUAAGCAAUCGUUUGAUUGGCCGAUUCCAGAUGGUCUUACAAGAAAUACUAGAAACAGGCCAUGUCAGCAUUAGUGAACCUUUAGUUGAUGCCAAUAACACACCGACAGAUAUUGUUGUAUCAUUCGAUCUGGAAUACCAAGCACCCGAUGGCACUGUGGGUGACUGGAUGUCGACCAGCUUUGCGCCAGUUGAGUACCCAACUUCCUAUUCUAUGGAUGACCUUCAUGCAUUCGAUGAUGAUGGCCAAUACCAGCCCAGUUUGUACAGCCACACAUUUCAAAACAUGAAAGGCGACAAUGUGUCGCAAUACAGCGUUAAUUCAAGAAGAAGUCGAAUGAGUGCACUGACAAAAUUCAUGAAAGGGAAAAAAAAACGGCGAAUAAACGACAGCACCAGUUUAAUCAGUGUGUACGAAGAAAGCAAAAUGGGCUUAAAUGGCCCCUACUCAGACCCAGGCAUGUUAGAGAAUGGCGUGGAUGGAGGAAUACCAGAUGAUACGUCAUCCAUCGCUAGUGAAAUUGAUGAGGUUCCAAAUGUAAAGAAACUACCGCCCCCUGGAGGCGAAGUUUAUGCACUCAAGCCUCAAGAUUUCCAGGUGAAUGUAACAGUAGUAGAGGCUCGUAACCUAGCUGGGCUCAACAUUGACCCUGUAGUUUGUGUUCAAGUUGGAGACCAGAAGAAAUUCACAAGUGUCAAGGAAUCUACAAAUUGUCCGUUUUGGGAUGAACUUUUUGUGUUUGAUUUUAAUGAAGCACCACUAAUGAUGUUUGACAAAAUAAUCAAAGUCACUGCACUACAUUCAAGAAACAUACUGCGCUCCGGCACUGUCAUAGGCAUGUUUAAACUGGAUGUAGGAACAAUCUACUAUGCUCCAGACCACUGUUAUUACCACAAAUGGGCCAUCAUGAUUGACCCACAAGAUGUAAAUGGUGGACCCAAGGGCUACGUGAAGCUGGACAUUGCUGUGCUAGGCAAAGGAGACACAGUCAAAUCACAAAAAAAUAGAAAUGAUGACCUUGAUGAUGACUUAGAAAGUAACCUAUUCCUACCAGAGGGAGUGUCGCCAGACAGGCAACUAGCAAAGUUCUUCGUAAAAAUAUUUAAAGCGGAAGACUUGCCUGUCAUGAACUCAGGAAUGUUAGCCAAUGUCAAGAAAGUGUUUACUGGUGAACUCAGUGACCUUGUCGACCCCUAUGUAGAAAUCACAUUUGCAGGACAAACUCAACGGACAUCUGUACAGAAACAUCGCUACGAGCCAAUGUGGAAUGAACAGAUCGUAUUCAGUGAGCUGUUUCCACCGCUGUGUCGGCGUAUUAAGGUUCAACUGAAGGACAAAGAUAGCGUGAUGGAUGACAUCAUAGGCACCACAUAUAUUGACUUGGCUAAGAUCUCAUGCGAUGGCCCUGAAGGAUUUCUACCGACAUUUGGCCCUUCUUGGGUGAACCUCUAUGGGUCAACCAGACAAUUCUCCAGCAUGGACAGCAACAGCUUCCUCAAUUUAGGUGUCGGUGAGGGCUGCAUGUACCGUGGACGAAUACUGCUUUCCAUGAAAAGUGAGAUGACAGACAGUGCAACUGAGUCGGGCGCCAUUGGUGUUGAAGUAGAGCCUGCACUUCCUAUAUCUGAGAAUGCUGCUGGAAAACGUGAAGACUUCUUUUUCUUUGCAAGUGUGUUUGAUGCAUCCAUGAUUGACAUGGGAAAUGGCGACAAGCCAAUAUCAUUUGAAUUUACUAUUGGUGUCCAUGGCAACCAGAUAGAUGGCAAAAGUGUACGAAGACCUGCAAAUGUGCAGGAGGCUGACAGUAGUGAUGAUGAUGAGGGGGCGGGGUUGUUGCAGCAGUCGGCAAGCCAGGAUGAUGAGAAAGCUGGUGUUUCUAUGACACUCCCUGUUAAACCCGAGACGAAAGACAAGAACUAUUACCACAUCCCUUAUGAGGAGCGAAAACCGAUUGUGUUUCUUCGUUUUCCAAAAGAGGACCACAGAAGGAGAUUCUACAAUAUGAACAUUCUGUCUAAGAUUGCUGAGAAAUUUGAACAUGGUCUAGGUGAGGUGAAUGACAGAAUCAUGAGGGAAAGGCCCAGGCCAGAUCGUCCAUUUAAGAGGACAAUGUUGGAAUUUGCUGAAGGACUCAUGAACUAUUCAAAAUUGACUAAAGGAACGGGUGGAGGGUCAUCAUCAGGAAAGACCAAACUGGACAAAGAAAGAAAUAAGAUGCUUAUUACAGAAGUGGUAUCCCUUUGUAAAAAGGUCAAUUUGGUAGUAUAUAAAGGGGAAAAACAUGAAGAAGAUUUUUAUGCAAUGGAGACAGAUGAGCAAUCCGACACUCCCAAAGCUCCCAAAAAAUCUUGGAGUAAUAAGAACCAUUUGCGGAGGAAGGUUGGAAAGAUGAGGUUAGAUAAGUUCCGAAAACCGACAGUGAUGGAGAUGAGGGAGAAGAUGAAACUUGCCAAAUCACUACUGCAACGGAUUAAGCACCUUGCUGCUGAGCCACAACAUUGUUUGCCAGACUUGUUUAUAUGGAUGUUGUGCGGAGGAAAGCGAACUGCUUACUGCCGUGUUCCGUCACGUAAGCUCAUGUAUUCAGUAGUUGCAGAGGAAAAAGGAGAAUACUGUGGCAAAAUCAACACACUGUUUCUGAGACUUCCAGGCAAAAAGGCUUCAGGACCUGAAGGAUGGUCAGUACAGGCUAAGCUUGAUGUGUACCUGUGGCUAGGCCUUAACAAACAUCGACGUGAUGUGAUGAAAGGCCUUCCAACAGGCUAUGAGCAGUCCAAGGAAGUGAAGUCGAUUAUGAAGCCUUCAGGCAUACCACCGCUGCUAAUCACUUACAAAGAGCGACACUGCUACCAGCUGCGAUGCCAUAUGUACCAGGCGAGGAGUAUCAUUGGUUCUGAUGAUUCUGGGCUUUCGGAUCCAUUUGCAAGAGUUAUAUUUGGUGACCAAAUCAGAGAAACACAGGUCAUCGAGGAAACACUAUCGCCAACUUGGGAUGAAUUGCUACUUUUUGAACAAGUGGUUGUCUAUGGUAACAAGAAGGAUAUGAAGGAUGAUCCCCCAACCAUUGCAGUGGAGGUCUUUGACAAAGAUCUUGGGGGUGGAACAGAAUUUAUUGGACGAGCAUUAGUGAAACCUGUGAUCAAACUACCAGAUGAUGUAUACUGUAAACCAAGGUUCCCCCCCAUGCUGGCUUGGUAUAACAUUUAUCGUGGGCAGACACCGGCAGGGGAAAUAUUAUGUGCAAUAGAAAUGAUUGAGCUAACUGCUGAGGGUGAAUUACCUCAAGGAGUACCUGCUAUUGAAGUUCCUGCUGAUGCUGGCACUAACAAAAACACCAUCAUGGCUGUACCCAGGGAAAUCAAGCCAGUAAUGUCACGGUUCAGAAUUGAGCUUAUGUUUUGGGGAGUGCGUGAAAUGAAGAGACUUCAAUUGACAAAAGUGGACAGACCAAAAGUGGACAUAGAAUGUGCAGGUCAUGUAAUCUCAUCUGCAGUCAUUUUCAAUGCAAACAAAAAUCCAAACUUUACAGACAAUGUGAAAUUCCUGGAUGUGGAUCUUCCUGAAAAUGAAAUUUACUGUCCACCUUUGACAAUCCGAGUGGUUGACUGCAGAAGUUUUGGACGUUUCACGUUGGUAGGUACACAUGUGGUCAACUCUUUGGCAAAUUACAAAGUCAAGAUGAUUAAACCAGAGGCAGAGAAACCAGCCCUACUUGGUCCUGAAGAAGAGGGUGAAGAGAAUGGGGGAAUAGCAGCAAUUAUCGAGAUAGAUAAUGUUGAAGGAGGAUCUUACGUAGGUUCACAUGCUGGCUCUCGUCCUGGUUCACGUGCUCAGUCACGUUCCGGGUCUAUUGCCCCCUCUCGGAAUGGUUCGUAUGUGGCUGGACUGGACGACACACAGAUGUUGAUUCCGGAAAUGAAUGGCCCACCAAAUGGUGUAAUUAGUGAUCAGAUUUCAUUAAACAUGAGUGUUGAUAAUCUGGCAGUGGAUGUGAUUUCAAAUAAGAGCGUAUCACGACGCAACUCGAUAAAAAGCCACUACUCGGAAAAGGCGUUGUCCAUAAGGGCAGAAUCAAUCAAAGCUGGGUCUAUCAAAGCACAGUCUAUCAGGGCACAGUCCGUAAAAGGAGACGAUAUAGCCAUUGGGAUUCCAGAAGAAACGCGUGAAGGAGGCACACCAGAAGAACCCGGUAGGCCAGCACCUACACCAGGACAGCCACCUGCUGCAGCAGGAGGCGAUGCACCUCCAUCCCAGGCCCCUGGGGAUGGGGGAGGUGAAGGAGGAGCCCCUGCACCACCAGGAGGAGAUGGAGGAGCUAAAGACCAAGACGAGGAGUCAUUAGAUUGGUGGACUAGGUAUUUUGCAACAAAGAAAUUGAUGAAUGUGGAUGCUGAAGGUAGCGAUGCUGAGGGUGAGGAUGCAGUUGAUGAUGGUGGUUUUGAUUUGAACAAUAUUGAUGAGUUUGACAACCGUGCCCUUGAUGACAGAGAAUUUGGGGAGGAUGAAGGAGGAUCAGUUUAUGAUGAAGAUGAAUUUAAAAAGCCUAAGAAACCCAAAGUUGAUCUGAAAAAGGCCACGAUGAAGGGAUUUAAGAAAAUGGCAUCAGGUGCCAAAAACAUGAUGAAGAAAAAUGAGGAUGAUGGAGGAGGUGAUGACGAGGCAUUAACGUUAGCCAUGGCAACAGGGAAGAAAUCUGAAAAGCAUCGAGCAAUGUUUGUUGAAGAGUAUGUGACACCAAUUACUAUAUACCCAUGCGAACUGGAAUCAGUACCGGAGUUUGAAGGUUUCCGCGAAUGGAUGGACAUCUUUCCGCUUUACCGUGGGAAAAACACAGGAGAAGAUGAGGAUGAUUCAGCCAGGAUGUCGGGCAAGUUUAAGGUGAACAACUGUUAUGUCAUUGGUAAAUUAAAGGGUGGUAUACGACUCUACCAAUGGCCACUUCCAGAAGGGGAAAAGAUGAAGACCUUAAAUGGAGGCGAUUCUUUCUUUGGUUAUUUUCAAGGGUUGCCUUCAAUUGAACCAGUUGCAGUUUUGGUUCGAGUCUAUGUUGUUAAAGCGAUUGACCUACAUCCAGCUGAUACCAAUGGCAAAGCUGAUCCUUACCUGCAGGUGAUUCUUGGAUCCAAGAAAGUAAACGAUAAAGAAAACUAUGUGUCCAAGCAGCUCAAUCCAAAUUUUGGAAAGUGUUUUGAGUUUGAAACAACAUUUCCCAUGGAAUCAAAACUGACAGUGCAAGUGUAUGACUGGGAUAUGGUAGGGUCAGAUGACAUCAUAGGUCAAACAGAAAUUGAUCUUGAGAAUCGAUAUUAUAGUAAACAUCGUGCUGUUUGCGGAAUAUGCAAAGAUUAUGCAAUCUUUGGCUACAACAACUGGCGUGACCCACAAAAACCAGCUCAAAUCUUGAAGAAUUUAUGCAAAGAAUACAAGUUUGAUGGACCUCAUUUUUCAAAUGGGACGUGCCGCGUCAAUCAAAUUGAGUACUCCGGCGAGCAGUUUGUUUCAGAUGAAAGUGGAACCCAGAAGCCAACAGAUGAACAUGCAGCCCUUGAGAUGCUGAAACACUGGGACACAGUGAUGCCUAAUUGUAAGCUAGUUCCAGAGCACAUUGAGACUAGACCACUCUACCACCCUGACAAACCAGGAGUAGAGCAGGGACGUUUAGAGAUGUGGGUGGAUCUAUUCCCAAUGGACAGCCCGUUGCCUGGUGCUCCAGUAGACAUCACACCAAGAAAGCCAAAGAAGUUUGAACUGCGUGUCAUCAUCUGGAACACUGAGGAUGUUGUGCUUGAAGAUGCGUCUGUGCUGACUGGUGAAAAGAUGAGUGACAUAUUUGUGAAGGGCUUUUACACUGACCCAAAUGAUGAUCUACAAGCCACAGAUGUUCAUUAUCGAUCUCUAACUGGGGAAGGAAAUUUCAACUGGCGCUUCAUCUUCCCCUUUGAGUACUUGGAAGCGGAACAGAAGAUUGUAGUGAAGAAGAAGGAGUCAAUGUUGUCUAUUGAUGAAACAGAGUACAAGUUGCCACCAAGGUUGACACUGCAAGUCUGGGAUGCAGAUGCCUUUUCUGCCGAUGACUUUUUAGGUGCGUGUGUUCUUGACCUGACCAAGUUUCCGCGAGGUGCGAAGACUGCAAAAAGCUGCAAACCCGAGAUGAUGACAGAUCCAAAAGUGCCUCAGAUGAACCUGUUUAAGGUGAAGAAACACAAGGGCUUCUGGCCAUUCGUGGCACCAAAUGAAGAAGGAGAGGAGGAACUUAUGGGCAAAGUAGAAGCGGAGUUGAUUUUAAUGUCUGUUGAAGAAGCAGAGAAGAGCCCGGCAGGCUAUGGACGUGAUGAGCCUGACCCCAUGGAAAAACCAAAACGGCCGGACACAUCAUUCAUGUGGUUCAUGAAUCCGUGGAAGUCUUUUCGUUACGUUCUCUUUGAACGACUUAAGUGGCUAUUACUAAAGCUGUUUCUAUUGGCACUGCUUGUUGCAUUUAUUGUUUUGUUUAUAUAUGCUUCUCCAGGAUAUCUUGUAAAGAAGAUUCUUGGAGCCUAGUUUUGUUGUUUUUUCAUAGGAAAAAAAAAAACAAUAUGAAAUAUAAGAGUUUUUUGCUUAUGGUUUUUAAAAAUAUUUUACUAAUUUAUAUUAUUAAUAUUAGUUAUGCUUCAUCAGGGCAAACCAAUGUAUACAUAUUAAAUUAUAAAAAAACUAGAUACAUGUUUAACCGAAAACAGGCAAUGAAUUAAUAAAUUUACGUAACAUUGAUUUGUGCCUGCAUACAUCCCAUGUCUUCUUGUCACCCAUGGUCACUGUUACUAUGUUCUACAUAAUUUUUUGGUAAUGGGGUACUUCACUGUAUGUGUAAUAGGGUACUUCACUGUAUGUGUAAUGGGGUACUUCACUGUAUGUGUAAUGGGGUACUUCACUGUAUGUGUAAUGGGGUACUUCACUGUAUGUGUAAUGGGGUACUUCACUGUAUGUGUAAUGGGGUACUUCACUGUAUGUGUAUGGUUCUUUGCUGCCUCUAAGUUUUUGUUCCACCCUUCAUGGGUAUUGUUAGUGGCGGAGGUGAUUGUUAUGGUAUGGCACACACACACACAUGCACACACCAAUGAGGGCUGAUUGGGAAAAAGGGAGCUUUAAUUACAAUGAAUAUUUGCCAACUUGAAUACCAUAAACCUAGGUUGGCUAGUAUCUAGACCUUGAAUUUGUACACUUAAGAUAGUUUUUUAUAGGGAGCUCAAAACUACAGAAUUAGUGUGAUAAUGUAACACUGCUAUGUUGAUGAGUGAGACACGACUCAUACAACAAUUAUAAACCAAGCACCAAUUCAAGGUGAUAUCGGGGUUUAUUCAACAAUGCAUGUGCCCACAAGACACAGCUUGGGUCCACGCUCCUCACGACGACACUACUCGCUAGUCUUUAAACUAUACCCUAGUCUGGUUUACCCUCACAGUCUACCCUUACAAUAAGGCACAGGCUUAACUUAAAGAACCCUAGGCUUAUGUACCCACUUUUUGAGGUAUUAUAACAUUUAUAUUUUCCACAUGUACAAAUUAUGAGAGCACAAGUGACAGGCUGAGGGUGUAUGCAUAUGCAGUUUCAUUUGAUGUAAACUUAUUGUUCAUUAUUUUUUUUAUUAUUACCAUAAUAUUGCAUAGUGUAGUACAGUAGUAAAUAUUUAAAUUAUUAAUGUUACUAAAUAUUAUGAUCAGCAAUAUAUUUCCAUUGUCAUGACAUUUAAAAAAAUGUAUAUAUUUUCAAACCCAUCAAAAAUUAUUUAAAAUUUAUCUACCCAUCAAGUGUAUAUGCAAAUUCUUUAGAUGGCUUUAUUUUUAUAAGAUGCUUGCUGUAUAUUUUUAAUAGGUUACGGUAUAUUAUUUCUGAAAUAAUGUUGCAAUAUUUUAAAAAUACUUUACAUACGUUGCUGGGUCUGUUCAUAAUGUGUGCUUUAUAUUGUGACAAUAGUAUUAUGUGUGAAUACAAUAGAAUACUUGUAAAUACUUUAUCAAUUGCUGUAUUUUUGUUAACCAUGUUGAAGGAAAAGUAUAUAUAUAUUUAAUUUGUGACUACCCCAUUGUGGUACUGGCCCUUUAAAAUAUGACUGGCCUAUUGUUCACAGACUUCCUCAAAGGUACACUGUACUAAGUUAUUGACCUUAUUCACAGAGAAAUGAUAAAAAGAAAGGUUAAAUUUACUGAUAUUUUAACAAUACUUACAAUAUGUUUUUUUUUUCAUGUUCUAUUUACCAGAAAGGACUGAGAGUUCUCAGAAGCCGACCUCAUAUAUUAGUUUCAGUGUGUUGUACAUGAACUCUAAUGAUGCCAAAUUAAUAAAUAAACAAACAAAUCAAGCUACAAUCUUUAAGAAUUGUACUGAUAGUCAUCGGGCAAUACUCGUCUGAUAAACAAUGCCUUAUGCUUCUAAAACACACAUAUCACUAAAUUAAGUGUUGUUUCUUCAUACUAUCAUUCAUCAUUAUGUAUAUGUUAAUAUUUUAUUAUGGUCCAACUAUAAUAUUAAACUUUCAAAUUCACUUCAAAUACUUUUAAACAGAUUAGGAAAAAUUUUACUUCCUGUAGACAUAAAAACCCCAGUUGUAAAUAUUUUAAGUUCAUUAGGGUGGAGCAAACUCAGUGAUAAAUGGGACAAACAAUUUCAAAUGUUUAAAUGGUCAUGCUCCAUAAUAUUUAUCAAAAAAAUGUUUUUAAUUAUGGUUUGCAUACGUAUUGUACUAGCAGUCAAAGUAAAAAUACACUAAUUGAAUGCACCUGGAAUAAUAUGCAAAGUAAAAGAACUUUUGUAUACCGAUCUACUAAAUUAUGGAAUAAACUCCCGGAUCAUACUAAAACCAACUUUAAAUCUAUGAUACUUUCAAGUUUUAAGCAUUCUAUUUCAAAUCCUCAAUAAUACUAUCUUAAUUUAACCUGAUUAAAUUUCUCUUAUCUUGCAUAUCCAUAUUUAUUAUUUAAAUUUUUAAUUUUUCUUAAGUUUCUUUCAAUGUUCCUUUUAAAUCUAUUUUAAUUUGUAGUUAAGUUAUCAAUCUUUUUUGAUUACAAUGUGUAUAUAUCUGCUUUUAAAAUUUUGUAGUUAAGAACUGAACCACUUUGGAAACCAGUACUAUGUAUUGAAAGUGUAUAUAAAGAAAGAAUAAAUAAAAUGUAUGGGAUUUUUAUAUAGCACCUGUAAAUGGCUCUCCACACUAUCAAAAUUAAUGUGAUGAGGCCAUAUCACAUUUAUUUGUCAAAUAUAAUUUAAUAGUGUGGACAUAAAUUAAAGUAUUGUAGAACUUGCCUUAAUCAAAUUCAAAAUAGCAUUGAAAAAUUGUUCACCUUAAUAGGUAAAAUUUGACUUGCAGAUCGAAAACACAACUUUGGCAUGUAAAGCAAGAUCAACUUAGAAUUUUUUCCAAGUCAACUUAGGCCAGUUUAACUGUAUUAACAGUACUGUAGGACUAAAACUGUACUGCACAGGUUGGCAAAGUGCGGCCCGUGGGCAACAUAGGCUUGGAAACACCUUGUUUUUUUAUGGCCCAACACAGAUCAUCUGUAAAAAGUAACCUAAAACUGGGAAUAAAGUGUUGUAAAAGCAAUGCUUGGAGGUUUUUGAAAGCACACUGGAAACAUAAAGUUUGGGUGUGCCCCUCGGUGUUGAAUCAAAAAUUCACUUUGGCCUCCGACUGACUUUUAUGCCCACCCCUGACAGGCUAGUCAUAAGUGUACUUUCAUCUUUUUAUAUCAAGUUGUUGGAGUUGUUUUAAGUAGAGUCAGUUUUAUGUCAAAUUGAAUAAUAUUUUAAUUUAAAAAAAUUAUAUACAUAUUCAAAUAUGUUUGCUGCAUAGCACCUAAACACAUUACAAAUAGAUAAAAAAUAAUAUACACUGCUCGAAUCUGUUAUUACUUAUAUAGUACAUGUAUAUUAUUUUAUAUAGGGAAAUACAUUUGUCAUGUAUGUUAGGGGUUAAUUUUUUAACUGCAAUUUAGCUAUAGUGUGCUUUGUGUAAACAAUGGUGUUUGACAUUAGUUUCUAUUGACACUGAAUAUCAUUGAGCAUUCAAGUGUUAGCUUAGUGCAAUUGAUGGACUAUCAGAAUGAUGAAAUGUAUUAUUCAGCUCCCAAAUAAAUUUAUUUGGCGUGCAAAUAAAGGAUAGGUUGUGCUACAGUA